GGCGGAAGCGGGGAGGAGUCGCCGCCGGGGCCGGACUGCAUCCGCCGCGGCGUCUCCAUGGCACGGCCCUGGCCUCCGACUUCAACGACUUCAUAAGGCGGCGUUUCUGGGCGCAGCCGUGUCGCUCCUGGACAGUUGCUGUGCGACCUGGACAGUAGAGGAGCGUCUCCCAAGUUUUCAUCCAACAGCCACCCCUAAAGCUUCCACCCUCCUCCCCUGAGAGGACGUUUGAUGCCGGGCCCCUGAGAUUCUCAUUGACAAGCCCCUCUGGGUCCCCCUGAGCCAGAGCCUGCUGACCCAUUUGCCCACCUUUGCGGCUUUGAUGCCUAACCAUGUCUGCCUCAUCCUCAGGCGGCUCCCCCAGGUUUCCAUCGUGUGGAAAGAACGGAGUAACGAGUCUCACGCAGAAAAAGGUCUUGAGGACACCUUGCGGCGCACCCAGUGUUACCGUGACGAAGCGAACCAUGAAGGACCGCUCUUCAACUCCCCCCUUACAUGUUCACGUGGAUGAGAACACCCCUGUCCACGUCCACAUAAAAAAACUCUCCAAAACGUCAGCGACCAACAGCCAGAAAUCUCAUAAGCGCGGAAUGAAAGGGGACACCGUGAAUGUGCGGCGGAGUGUCCGGGUGAAAACCAAGGUACCUUGGAUGCCCCCUGGAAAAUCAUCCGCCCGGCAUGUGGGAUGCAAUUGGGAGAAUCCACCUCACUGCCUGGAGAUCACGCCACCAUCUUCAGAAAAGCUGGUCUCCGUGAUGCGGUUAAGUGACCUCUCUACAGAAGAUGAUGACUCCGGUCACUGUAAAAUGAACCGUUAUGAUAAGAAGAUUGACAGUUUAAUGAACGCGGUUGGUUGUCUCAAGUCUGAGGUGAGGGAGGUCAAGAUGCAGAAGGGAGAGCGCCAGAUGGCCAAAAGGUUCCUGGAGGAGCGGAAGGAGGAGCUGGAGGAGGUGGCCCAAGAGCUGGCCGAGACCGAGCACGAGAACACGGUGCUGCGGCACAACAUCGAGCGCAUGAAGGAGGAGAAGGACUACACCAUGCUGCAGAAGAAACACCUCCAGCAGGAGAAGGAGUGCCUCAUGUCCAAGCUCGUGGAGGCUGAAAUGGACGGGGCUGCUGCUGCCAAACAAGUCAUGGCCCUGAAGGACACCAUCGGGAAACUGAAAUCGGAGAAACAGAUGACCUGCUCGGACAUCAACACCCUAACGAGGCAGAAGGAACUUCUCCUGCAGAAGCUGAGCACAUUUGAAGAGACCAACCGCACUCUGCGAGACCUGCUGAGGGAUCAACACUGCAAAGAGGAUUCCGACAGACUGAUGGAACAGCAAGGGACACUAUUGAAACGGCUGGCGGAGGCGGACUCUGAGAAAGCGCGCCUGCUAUUACUGCUGCAAGACAAAGACAAGGAGGUGGAAGAGCUCCUCCAGGAAAUACAAUGUGAGAAGGCUCAAGCAAAGACAGCAUCUGAGCUUUCCAAGUCCAUGGAGACCAUGCGGGGGCAUUUGCAAGCACAGCUUCGGUGCAAAGAGGCGGAGAACAGUCGCCUGUGUAUGCAGAUCAAGAACCUGGAGCGCAGCGGAAACCAGCACAAGGCAGAAGUGGAGGCCAUCAUGGAGCAGCUGAAGGAACUGAAGCAGAAGGGAGAGCGAGACAAAGAGUCCUUGAAGAAAGCCAUCCGAGCCCAAAAAGAGAGAGCCGAGAAGAGCGAGGAGUAUGCUGAGCAGCUGCACGUGCAACUUGCCGACAAGGAUCUUUAUGUCGCUGAAGCUUUAUCCACUCUGGAGUCAUGGAGGAGCCGCUAUAACCAAGUUGUAAAAGACAAGGGAGACCUUGAGCUGGAAAUUAUUGUCCUGAACGACCGGGUGACAGAUCUCGUAAACCAACAACAGACCUUGGAGGAGAAGAUGCGGGAAGACCGGGACAGCCUGGUGGAGAGACUACACCGGCAGACCGCCGAGUAUUCCGCAUUCAAGCUAGAGAACGAGAGGCUGAAGGCUAGCUUCGCCCCAAUGGAGGACAAGCUCAACCAGGCGCACAUCGAGGUCCAGCAGCUGAAGGCAUCGGUUAAGAACUAUGAGGGAAUGAUUGACAACUAUAAGAGUCAGGUGAUGAAGACCAGACUGGAGGCUGAUGAAGUGGCUGCCCAGCUGGAACGCUGUGACAAAGAGAACAAGAUCCUUAAAGAUGAGAUGAACAAAGAGAUUGAAGCGGCGCGGAGGCAGUUCCAGUCCCAGCUGGCUGACCUACAGCAGCUGCCUGAUAUCCUUAAGAUCACAGAGGCUAAGCUGGCCGAGUGCCAGGACCAGCUGCAGGGCUAUGAACGGAAGAACAUUGACCUCACAGCCAUCAUAUCAGACCUGCGCAGCCGGAUCGAACACCAGGGGGACAAGCUGGAGAUGGCGAGAGAGAAACAUCAGGCUUCCCAGAAGGAAAAUAAACAGCUGAGUCUGAAGGUGGAUGAACUGGAGAGGAAAUUGGAGGCGACCAGUGCCCAGAAUAUCGAGUUCCUACAGGUGAUUGCCAAGAGGGAGGAGGCAAUCCACCAGUCCCAGCUGCGACUGGAGGAGAAAACCCGGGAAUGUGGAACCCUGGCGAGGCAGUUGGAGAGCGCCAUUGAAGACGCCAGGAGGCAGGUGGAACAAACCAAGGAGCACGCAGCCUCCAAGGAGCGCGCAGCCCAGAAGAAAAUCCUGGACCUUGAGACCCAGCUGAGCAGGACCAAGACUGAGCUCAGCCAGCUGCGGCGGAGCCGGGACGAUGCUGAUCGCCGCUACCAGAGCCGUCUGCAGGACCUGAAAGACCGCCUGGAGCAGUCGGAGAGCACCAACCGCAGCAUGCAGAACUAUGUCCAGUUCCUCAAGUCGUCCUACGCCAAUGUGUUUGGGGAUGGUCCCUACACUUCCUACCUGACCAGCUCUCCCAUCCGCUCCCGGUCUCCUCCUACCUAAGCCGCUGCUCUUGGGCUAGGAGCUCAGAUGAAUGCCGUGGCAACAGAGGUGUCGCUAAGCCAUACCUGGAAAGCCUAUUGGUUUUCCUCUCUCUUCCUGAGAUGAAGUAUGUUCAGGAUCUUGUCUUAGCCACUAACUCCAGAAAAGUGCCUCGAGCAGCAGAGGAUGGAGCCGAACCCACUUAGUUCUCUCCUCUCCGAUAGCAUCACCUGAUGGAAAUUUCUAAUUACCCCAACAGGCCUUAAAGCUACUACUGUUAGGGUCAGGUUUUAACUCACUGUGAUUGGCUCUUUAGUUUCUCAAGAGAAUGUUUGGCCUGGAAUGUUUGGCCUGGACUUUCCCUCCAGACCCUUUUACAGCUCUCUUCUGUUUUUGGGUCUCUCUCUGUCUCUCUCUCUCUCUGUCUCUCUCUCUCUCUGUCUCUCUCUCUCUCUGUCUCUCUCUCGUUUUCCCUGACCCAAACCAGCAGGAGCUGUUAGGCAGAGGUCCUCACCACGCCUCACGUUCACACGCUGAUUUCCUCGUUGCAUGGGUACGGUGUCCUCUCCAAGGUGCUCCCCUCCCACCUGUGGCCAAGCUUCCUCAAGGCCACUUGCCCUCACGCACUUGCCUACAGACACUCGAGGGCUUAUGCUUUACCAGUUCUCCUUGUAAAAGUACGAUCCCAAUCUCACUGAUUUUUCUCUUGGCUAGGUUUGUGUCUGUGGAAUGCAUUUAUUCUUGAAAUGUGUGUGUUUUACAAAAAGCUUUUAUAAUCAAUAUUUAAGGUUCCAUAGGAUGGUCUUCUUUAACCACACAAUCCCUUUUCUAAAAAUGAUUCAGUGAAACACUGCAGAAGAGCCAGUAAACGUUUUUUAAAGGAUGUGGUACAUGGAACAUAAACUAUUUUAUUUUGACUGGG